CCUCUCCACACAUCUCCUCCUCCUCGUCUCCUCCACCUCUUCUCCUCCUCCACCUCGUCUCCUCCUCCUCGUCUCGGCGCGGGUGGCGCGGUGAGGGAUGCGGCUCCGCGCGAGCCCUGCCCGGCCCCGUCCCCGGCUCCGCGCCCGAGCCCGGGGACCCCGAGCGGCUCCUCCUGCCUGCGCGUGCCAGCCGCUCCCUCCCGGCCUCACCCUCCCCUACCCGGCCUGACCCUCCCCGUCCAGCAGCCUCGCGCCGCGUCCACACCCCCAGGGCAUACCUCCUCCCCGAGCCUCACCCAUCCACCUCUCCCAACCCGACCUGAUCCCCCCCCCGUCCACUCCUCCACGAGCCAUCCCAGCCUCACCCAUCGCCUCUCACUCGCCCAACCCUCUCUUCUCCCACCCCUCCCGAUCCACAUCUCUCCCUCCCAUUCUGAUUCAAUUUACGAUCCACCCCCUGAUCCACCCCCUGAUCCACGGCCUCUCUCCCUCCCUGGCGUGCCGCGUCUCGUCGCGCCGCCCGCGGGAUGCCCGCUCAGUGCGAGCUGUAGCCCGGGCCGGGAACCAACCUCGCCGAUUCGCGCUCGCCCCGAGCCUCCUCCAAUCUUCCGGAUCGGCUUCAUCCCAGCCCCCCAACCUCUCCAUCUCAAGGCCCAAUUCCUGUUCCUCACAUAGCUGCGAGUCCCCUGCCACCCUGACCCCGUGUCCCCGGGCUCCCCGCGAUGGAGGCUGCGACCCCAUGGGCCCCGCGCCUCGCUCUGCUCCUCCUCCUGCUGCUGCUGCUGCUCCUAGGGGUGGAGCCGUCGCCCUUCAGCGUGGAGGGCUGGCUGGAGCGCUAUGGGUACCUCCCGGGCGGGGCGGGCCGCAUGUCCACGAUGCGCUCGCCGCGGGCCAUGGCGCAGGCAGUGGCAGCCAUGCAGCGCUUCUACGGCAUCAAUGUGACGGGCAGCGUGGACCACGCCACGCUCGAGGAUUUCUCUACCAAAUGGUGGAUGAAGAGGCCGCGCUGCGGAGUCCCCGACCGCUUCGACCACGGCCCCGGUGUGCGGCGCCGCCGCUACGCACUCACUGGCCAGAAGUGGCACCACAAGCGCAUCACAUACAGCUUGCAGAACUCCACCCCAAAGGUGGGCGAGGCAGACACGAGGCGGGCGAUCCGCCGGGCGUUCGACGUUUGGCAGCGCGUCACGCCGCUCGCCUUCGAGGAGAUCCCCUACCACGAGAUCCGCAGUGGGCGGCGCGACGCCGACAUCAUGAUCUUCUUCGCGUCGGGGUUCCACGGGGACAGCUCCCCCUUCGACAGGGAGGGCGGCUUCCUCGCCCACGCCUACUUCCCCGGGCCAGGCAUCGGCGGUGACACGCACUUCGACUCGGACGAGCCGUGGACGCUCGGCAACAAAAACAACGAUGGGAACGACCUCUUCCUGGUGGCCGUGCACGAGCUGGGCCACGCGCUCGGUUUGGAGCACUCCAAUGACCCCAAUGCCAUUAUGGCGCCCUUCUACCAGUACAUGGACACGGUGCACUUCCAGCUGCCGCACGACGACGUCCUGGGCAUCCAGCAGAUCUACGGGCCUCCAGCCAAGGAGCCCGACCCGACGAAGCAGACAUCGCUGCCCCCUCCCCACCGGCCCGAGCCGCCGUCGCGCACCCGCAGGCCCGACAAGCGGCCGCGGCCCCCCAAGCACCCUCUGGACGAGCGGCCGGGCCUCCCCGGGGCCCUGCCCAGCAUCUGCGAGGGCGGCUUCGACACGGUCACCGUGCUGCGUGGAGAAAUGUUCGUGUUCAAGGACCAGUGGUUCUGGCAGGUGCGCAACAACCGUGUGGUGGAGGGCUACCCGAUGCUCAUUGGGCAAUACUGGCGCGGACUGCCCUCCAAGAUCGACGCCGCGUACGAGCGCCCCGACGGGAAACUCGCCUUCUUCAAAGGCAACAAGUUCUGGGUGUUUAACGAGGCUGGGCCGGAGCCCGGCUACCCGCGUACGCUCUCGGAGCUGGGCAAGGGGCUGCCGCAGGACCGCAUCGACGCUGUCCUCUGGUGGGACCCCACCAGCAAGACGUUCUUCUUCAAGGGAGACCGAUACUGGAGGUUUAAUGAAGACAAGCGGACUGUCGACAUAGACUACCCCAAGUCCAUUAACAUUUGGAAGGGAAUCCCAGAGGCCCCUAAGGGUGCCUUUGUUGGGAAUGAAGGAGCCUACACGUACUUCUACAAGGGCAAGGACUACUGGAAAUUCAACAACCACCGUCUGGCGGUGGAGCCCGGCUACCCCAAGUCCAUCCUGAGGGACUGGCUGGGCUGCGACGGCACGACCCACCGCCUGCGUCCGGGGGGCAUGCCCCACUCCAACGCCGACGUAGACAUUGUGGGCACGAUGGACGAGUCUACGAGCACGAUCAACGUGAUCGCGAUCGUCAUCCCCUGCAUCUUCGUCAUCUGCGUGCUCGCCCUGGCCUGCACGCUGCUGCAGCUCAAGCAGAAAGGCGUGCAGAACCACGUGGCCCAUUACAAGCACUCCAUGACCGAGUGGGUGUGACGCGCCAGCGCCGCCGCCACCGCUGCCUCGUGUGGCCGGCUCGCCGUCCAGUGUCACGAGGAAGUCCGUGCGGGGCCAUGGAGAAUGUCGCUUUGCAGAGCUCCAAGGGGUUCCCCAUAUUUUGCACAACUUUGUAGGACAGCUCCUGUGCCCUCUCCACCGUUAGUUAUCAUACUGUUUAGACUUUGGAAAACAAUCUGACUCAUUUGUUUAUUUUCCUCGUGAAACGAAAUGUGUAAGAGACACGUUUUCGGAAGACUUUGUUAAGUUCCAUUGAGCAGUCACAUUGGGCUGUGCGUCUGUGCGGUUUGUCAACGUUUGGGGGACCCGGAGUGACUUGCAUGGGGAGUAGUUGAGUCCCAAUCCGUAAGCGGCCUAGCGGUCCCAGUGUUCAUCUUUUGCACUUGGCUCGGCAAUGUGUAUCACGUCAUAAAUCGACAAAGUUAUAUUUUCUUAAAUUUACUACAGUUACAUGUCCAGGCACAGCCUCUUAUUCAUUGUUAUUUUAUAUAUAUAAUUAACAUUUUGCGAUGUAGGAAGUUUAGUUGACCAACUUUUUCAAACAUUUUCUGUUUAUUUACUUUAAUAAGUUCUGUAUUUCACUUUUUAUUACAAAUUUUUACAUUGUACCCUCUUAUGAUUACACGUUUUGUGUAGAUGUUUAACAAAUUUGUAUAAACGUGAUAAUAUUGAGACCUGCGUAAACCAUCGGCGAUCACACGCAAUGUCAGUAAUGCAAGAUACACAGAAUCACGCUGACACAGCGAAAACCAGACACAAUCUCGAACAUCCACUGCAGUAAAUGGUUAAUCGUCAUCCACCUUCAGGCUAACGGACACUUGACUACCGAUGAACCUGACAGAAAGGUGAACGGCAGUGAACGCACCGGGUGAGAGGUUGUUGACACGGAAACGAGCGCAGAACGCAAAGGAGCCCCAGAGCGAUGCGAAACAAACACGACCCCGAGAUUGACAUUUUGAACAAAGCAAAGGUUGUAUCGGUGCUCUGUUGAUAACAUUAAGUGACCAAUGUCUUCACUACAACCAAAAAAAUGUAGGCACAGUGAUACGUGACAGGGCCAUGCCAUAGUGAACAACAACAACAGCAACGACAACAAGGGCCCAAUGGCAUUGCUCUGUAACAGCAGCUCGUUCAAAUAAUGACACAAUAGUGCUGUACAGCCCCUUGCCAAUCCGCUGCUGGAUGAAGGUCUGCCAUAACUCACCACGCUGGUUCUGCAGUGUGCGUUGGUGAGUUCCUCUCUCCGCAUGCACGCAACCGGACGACGAGUGAUGCGUGUGGCCAUAAGCGGCCCACGCAGGCCCUGCGCUAGGAGAGGGGCGAUGCGCGAUGGGAUGGGAGUCCGAGCCACAGUAGGUCAACGUGUCUACUCUCUCCUCGAAUGGGUACGAGAGCACCUUGAUUCAGUUUUGGAAAUUAAUGUUUUCAUGGCGGGGUCCAGGCUGUCCAUGGGAUAUAACGGUACAGAGUAACGCUCUUUUGUGCAUGAAGUAUUUUUGAUCGAAGAAUUGUAUUUAUUUUAUCUGCCAGUGGAAGUUUGAGGACAGUAUCAAAUUACAGGCUAUUUAGCGAAGGAGCGAAUCAUUUUGUGACAAACACGAGUUUCAGAAAUUAUUUGGGAAAAACCAAACGACGGUGGGUUUCCACUUUACGAUGUGAGAACAAAUUUCGUAGAAAUGAGUGCGGUGACGGUUUCCGUCGUUUUAAACUACGCGUGCCCCGUGCCGCAUUACGGUGACCUGGAGCCAACCGAGCGGUGAUGGUGAUGGCAGCCCUCAAACCACGCGUACCAACUUAUUUACGAAAAUAAGGAAAAAAAGUAUUAAGUAGUGACGGCUGAAUUGCGAUCAAAAUAAUUCAGGAAUCGGUUUUAACAUUUUAAUGCUUUUUAUGCAAACAAUGAAAUAGCGAGGGGGUUUAGAACGUUGCAGGUAAGCUCGUCGCCAAGGAUGGCAUGCGUGCAGAGUCAGCGAGACACACUGUGGUCUGUGUAACACGAGUCUCACGCAGGUUGACAACCGGGACUCGUGUCUCCCGCUCGAAGGCAGAGUCGGGCUUUGGGGUGAUCGGCGCUUUCACCAGAGUUGACCGCUUUUUCGUUUUUCUAAAGCACGCAGCAGGUUGAAUUCUCAGCUUUACUUGACGGCGUCUUAUUGGCGUCAGACUCAAGACGUGAGAUUCACGACGUGAGAUGGAGAGCGAAGGGUUCCACGCCGUGCACGUCCGUGCGGACGGCUUCACCAAACUCGACUGUCCGCAGCUUGGCCAAUGGUCACCGUCUGCGCCCAGGAGUGCAUUACCCGUGACACACGCGCCUCUCUUUAAUCUGGGGCGGUGUUAAUGUGAUGGACUCAAUAGUGGUGCAAAUCUCUAGACCAAACAUGGAAUACAUCUGCGAGAGCGAUGGAAAAGCUCGGGCGCACGUUAUGUUUUGACCUUAAUUUCAACGUAACAUGGAUUAGAAUAGAACGGAAUUGUUGGUGGAAUUCCCUGUGUUCCGUGACACCCGGGAUCCGAGGGACACGUUUUGUAUCGUUCACGUCGCCUCUCGCGUGGCGCCGUGAGAUGAGGAGAGAGAACACCCCGGCUCCCGGGUGGUUUCCCUGGCUCGUGCAGAGACGCCUCACCACGUCACUCUGUCGCGCCUACCGCACGAGGCAAGGGCUGGGACGUCACACGAGGGACUUGGCACGUUCACUAAGGCCGCGAUAUUGACGUCACAAUGAGGUUAUUCAUCUGCUGAAUCUCAACAGGGCUCAUCCCAUAGACAAACUGGCGAUGGGGGCAGUGACUGACUUGUCGGUGGCCUCUUGCGCGGUGAAGUAAAGGAUUGAAGCUGUACAGAGAGCACACUUCCCAAUGAGUGAACCAGUCACAGGGGAACGAGGGGCAGUCGUUCAUGUUAACUUACAAUUGGCUAACCCCAGAGCAUGACGUAGGUCUAGCACUCUAAUAGACUACGUGCACAGACUGUAUUGUAAACAGAGACAGCGGUUUAUGUGUUUUAGCAGAUGUCUUCCAGCUAUUCGUCUGGAAUUGAUUCCAGUUAAUUGAGUUGUUUUAAAUUUGCACUAUUAAUUUGUUUCAAAAGUACAGUAUUAUGAUUUGUAGUUUAUUCGUGUUAAUCCUUAAUACAUACGAAGUUUACAAACUAUUUUUUUAAUUGUCACAGCUUUUAGUUUGUGAAUUUCCUUUAGUUUGCAUUGAAUGGACUUUUAAAACAAUUUUUACAUUUUUUAAAUUAUUUUUUACAUUUGGGAUGGUUAAAGUGUGUAACAUUUAUUUUCUCUUUUGCUAUAUCAACUUGCGUUUCUUUGGAGCGUAUUAAAUACAGUUUGUACCUCAAUUUGUUUCCAAGUUACCAACCGUAACCCCUAGUGCUGCGUCCUUCGCAGGUGUCGGUCCCUCGCUUUGAACGAAGCCACAGAGGGGGCGAGCGCUGACUCGGGGCAGCGCUGUAGCUGCCAAACUGCGCCUUCCAGACGCCGGUUACGUGAACUUGCGGCCACACUUCCAUCACGAGAGCGAUUCCGGUUCCAGUUCGAUGGAAAUGUCACGAGAAUUUGGAUUUCCUCACGCCAUCUUCAAGCGGCUGUUAUUGUUGUUGCUGCUGCUGCUGUUGUCGUUUAGAGCGUCCCUGUGGUGAGCACCGUGAGGCGUCCACAGUGCGCCUGAUUGGGCCGAUUUAAGUUUCCAUCUGCUCAUCCGCCCGCCGAGUGACGUCGGCUGAUUGAAGACCCUCAGUCCUCUGAUGCCACGCGCACUUGGCGUCACUCGCUAUGGGGAUCCUUCACGACACGGUGUCCCUUAACGAGAGGCAUUCGUCAGCGUUGACCGUGUACGGAUUUGCAACGGUCGGCGUGGGGAGUCGGAUGUGAGCCAUGGCACUUCCAUGGUUAUCCUUUUCCGACGUGCUCGGUUUUCGCGAUGCGCACUCAUCCCGAGUCACGUCCUCAAGCGAGGUCAGGUUCUUCGUUCGCCCCAAAACGCAGGGUCACGCUGUUGUCAGUGAUAAUCGAAUCCUCGACAGAACCAAUUUUCCUUCGUUUUGACGAAGCCAGAGACGUGAAUAUUGGCCAAAGGCUCGGGCGACACCGCCUGUGAUCUCGACCCAACAUGUCAGUCUUCCUCCUCGUGUCUCAUUUGAAGCCAAAAAUGUAAAUCACACGUGGGAAAUACGGACAAAAACAAGAGCAUGCAAUAAAUCAAUCGUGUAUCAAUGCUGUAUCAAUUAUGGACAAGGCACUUUUAUAUCGUGUGCAUUUCGUGAUUGUUGUGACGUUCCUUGUUUUGCGACUCAGUUGCUCUUUUCGAGCCACGUCUGAGACACCACAGCGUCUGUCCACGAUGACGUUACAGUUCACGCUCAAACUAAUCCCGUGGGGUAAAGCAACGAGACGCAAUUGUGGAAAUGGUCUCUCAGUGUUGUGGCCGAUCGCUUCAUUCUCCACUUAAUUCCAUACUUCAUUCUUCACUUGAUUCUCCACUUCACUCUCCACUUCCUUCUCCACGACGAGUUGAAUGAUGUGGAGAAUGAUUGUGCCGCGUGUUAUUUACAAAUCUUAGCGAGAGGGGCCCUUGUCUAUCACCACAUCUGCUGGUCAGACAGCGAAUGCCGAAACCGGUCCACGGUUUUUACUUGCGUCAAGCCAAUGCUGCUGAAAUUAUGCACUCCCAAAAGGCCGCAUGGGCUGAUGGGAUGUGUAAAAUGUACUCGUGUUUGCUUAUCUGGAAGGACAGAUAUGUGAAGGAGGCAGUGUUGUCUGCUAACCAAGGUGGUUAUAGUCUCCACGCCGACGACGCCGAUGGUGGCUGUCGAGCUGCGCCUCGUGCCCGCAGGGGAGACGCCGGGCCCGGGGCUGUGGCCCAGCACGGGGCUGCCAGCCCUGGGUCACAGAGUGACCUCGAUUACCUCGCUCGUCUCGGCUGUAAUGGACCAUCACUGAACUCGCAUUUACAAAGCACAGCGCAAACCGUGCAAUGCUGGCUUAAACAAAAACUAACGACGAUUAAAUGAUGAUUAAACAUCGGUACGGUAUUUGGUUUUCAUUAGCACCUGUUUUACGCAAUGACGUUGCGAAGCCUACAAUGUGCGAGAGGCGGUCAGUACAUUCAUAACCUUUAUUAUGAAUGUAUUUCCUUAAUUAACUCUGCUAACAGCUGAUGACCUUACACUCUGAACUGCCCUAAUGUAUUCCCGUGCAUUGCAUCUGUGAGCCGGCAAUUUGCUCGGGAUGAGAGCUCAAUCCGCGAUGAUUUGAUCUCGCGUGUGUUUAUAGGCACACGUUCCCGCUAGGCGCCACAGCCGCGUGCAUUGAUCUAAGGCAUUGAUAACACCACGCCAACACCUACGAUGUAUUCUCCUCGUGGUCUCCAGCUGGCACGAAUGGAAUAUUUCAGUUCGCAUCUCUCCGGCACGAGUAACGAGCAGACGGUCACACGAGCGCUCGCAGCAGCAGCAACAGCAGCGGACGUCGGGGCUGGUGGAGCAUCCGCGCGACACGUGGUGGGUUUGUUGUAACUUGGUGCGGUGUGUAGUAAACAUCGCCACUCGGGAGACAAAGGCGGCUGGGCGUGGUGCUGGUCACCCACCCCCUCGUGUACCGUGCCCGCCUUCAUAGGUGCUCGCUAACAGCACUCGCUCUUACAUACAGCCUGUUAAGGCUAUACGGGGGAUCUUUGUUGUUGUUGUUGUAACUUGGCACUCAUUGCAACACAACCGAAUUGAUCAUACACGUGGUCUGACUAAUGAUUCUGAAUACGAGUUAUGUUCACCGCGGAUGAAUACGAUUAUGUUAAUAUUCGCUAACGGAUAAUGAUGCGUAUACUGUACCUAUACAGUACGUAAACGUGAGAUCAACGCCGAGAAUAUCACGAAAGUGUUUACGAUUUCCCGACGCGGCAGCCAACACGAGCUCUAGUUUCUGUGGUUGAGGCGAAGCAGAGAGGAGGAGGUGUGGUGCCAGGGCAAAACGCGCACACACACACUUGGAACGCGUUCCCCCAGCAACAUAACAAGGAAAGCGUCGCUGACAGUUAUUCAUAUUUAGUGAUAUAUUUAGUGGAAGCAUUGACAGAUAUAUCUGUAUUCAUUUGUUAAAUAAUACGGCGUAACCCUGUUCGGUAAGGAAAUAACCUUUUGCUCGGAUGAAUGCGGAAUGAUGACGGUAGUUAUAAGCAUAUUAUUCUUAUCAUCAUCACCUCUCUCUCUCCCUUGCCCUGCUCCCCGUCCCUGCCUCGGAACGUCGUCCUCGUGGUGUCUGCGGCGGCUGCCACCGCUGCGUCUCAGUGGCUGACGGCGGCCGCAGCGUCUCGAGUCGUGCUCCCUCUCCUCUUAGCGUCGCAGUCGGAGUGUGCGUAACUCGAGACGAGCAUGUGCAGUCUUGUUUACAAAUGCACACGUGGAACGGCAUCGUGUGAUUUGAAUCUUACGUAUGUACAUAUGUCUUGUUGUUUUUUUUUCUAUUUUAUGAAAUUAAACUCUGCCACGUACGUUGCUAUACCGAUGUAAACCCCCGCUCAAUGUUUAACACGCCAUGACCCGGUACAACAUUCAACGUGCACAGCCAACGACUGCGUUGGGUUGGUUGGGUGAUUGAUUGCUUUAGAGCGACGCGUUGUAGUGAGACACACACUCGCCGUCUCGGGGAAAGCAGAGCUACCGCUCAGCCUCGACAACAAAAGCCAUUUGAGAAUCUUCCACAUAGCAGUAGCAGCAGCAGGGGCCUUAUGAAUAACAAUAAUAAACAGGAGAUCCCGUGAGUCAUUGCAAUACUGUGCUACCGUUGAGACGAGGAGUCGCACAAUGCAUGCACGAGAGAUGUAAAGAGAGACGGGAGGCCCUUCUCUUUACGUGUCACCUUCAACACAACUGACACCGUCAUCCUGGCGAAAUGGACAUCGUUAACUCGAAUUACAGAUGCGAUCAAAAGCGCUAAAGUCCGAAAGAAGGACCCUGUCCGUGGCCAGAACCCGAUCGAUAGGACGAGAUCCUCCUUCUCGUUGUGGCUGGCUGACCGCUACAUUGGCGUCAGCACCUCGACACAUCGCUGCUGCUACCAUCGUGCGCAAGAGACACAUGGGAAGUCGCGCUAUUUGUGGCUUCAAUUGGAAGGAGACAAGAAGCAGGAUCUGUCGUUUUUAGCUGCCCAAUUAUACUUUUUGGUGGAAAUAUAUACCAUAAUUGUUUCCCUUCUAAAACGUCACCGAGAGUCGUGGCACGGCAUUCUGAAUGAUACAUUAGUCACUCGUCUCUUCCGUCUGGCCAAGUAAUAACACGAAACAUGCAUCACAUAUCGGCCCAUUGACCUUGACACUUGCGUUAACCAGCAGCGUGUGUUUAAAGCCGGCACACAGGGGGAACGUGUCCCUGUGAUCCCAGGCCAAGUUUAAAUAAAACCCAAAUCUCA